AUGAAGGACGAUCUGGGUACCUGCUCUUACAGCGUGUUAUAUCAGGAGCUGAAGAAGUUCUCAAAGAAUGGAGAAUAUUUCUGCAAAGAGCUCUUGACAGUAUUCCAACAAAGAGCUGAGCUGGAGAUCAACUAUGCUAAAGGACUACAGAAACUAGCUGGUAAACUCAUCAAAGCCUCCAAGAGCAUGAACAACAAUUCUGCAUACAGCGCAUGGUCCCAAGUUUCGGAUGAGAUGUUCUCAUCGGCGGAUGCACAUAGGAUACUGGGGAAUUCUUUCCACCAAGAAGCUUUUCUAGAGAUUCGACAAGUUCUGGAGGAGCACACGAAAAGGAAGAGACCUCUUGACAAUGCCAUAGACAAAGCGGGGAAAGCCUUUGUUACAAACUGGAACGAGCAACUCAAGGUAAAGAAGAAGUUAUCUGGGCUAACGAGAGAGCACGAAGCCCUUUUCAACUUUGUGGAAAACAACAAACAAAUGAACACUGAGAAAGAAAAACAAAAGAUGUUGAACAGGCUGACCAAGUCAGCGGAGUUGCAGGCCAAAGUUGAUGAGGAGUACUUCAACCUCAAUUUGGACGGUCAUCAAAUCAGGGUGAAGUGGGAGAACACACUGAAAAGCUGCUAUCAGAUCAUACAGGAGCUAGAGAAACAAAGGAUAGAGAUGCUGUCCAGGAUCUUGAAUAAGUACAACCUCAACAUGGCCAGUUUUGGACAGACUAUCUCACAUUGCCAAAAGAAACUGGACUUGGCCAUUGAGAGAGUGGAUGUAGAGAGGGACAUCCAGGCACUGGUGGAGGAGACAAGCAUUACAGUGGAAGACAACAAAGCAGAGUUCCUUAUGACUGACUACUUUGAGGAGGACAGCAAGAGUUUGAUGGGAAAAGAAAGACGCAGAGAUGCCAUGAGGUCAAAGUUACAGAGACUGGAGGGCUGCAUCACCAAAUCGAAACAAGAACGUGAAGCUUUGCAGAAAAUAGUGAAGACAUACACAGAAAAUCCAUCUUUCUCAAACGUGAAAAACUUGGAGGAAACAGAGCAGCUGCUUGAUGAGACCACAUUGAAACUGGACCUUUUGGAAGCCACGCACUGUAAACUGUCCGCUGUGAUCGCUGAACUGGAGGGAAAACCCAAAUCCUUACAUCGUUUCAGUGACAGUAUUACCAAAUGGAAAGACAAGGACUGCGAGCACAAUGUUGUGCGUCUGUCCCGUCCGGUCAGAAUCAAGAAGACACCGUUUAGAUCACGGAUGUCCUUGAGAUGCUCCAUCAUUUAUAAGGGACCAGCUAAUUCCAUCACACCAAAAAAACCCACACCCCAAACAAAGGAAAUGGCCAGCGUCCGGCGUACAGACAUCACUCAGAAAGAGACGCCUGAGCUGAGCAGUGAGAUCAACGGAGAAUCGUACCAGUCUAACGAUGAGGAAGAACAAGGUGCAGAGUAUUCCAGUUUGGGGAGAUGCAAAGUUUUGUAUGACUUUACCUCAGACAACGAAGAUGACUUAAAUAUAAAGGAAGGAGACAUCAUAGACGUAUUUCAGAGGGAUGAGAGCGGCUGGUGGUACGGUGAACUGAACGGAGAGAGAGGUCAUUUCCCUUCCACGUACGUUGAGGAUCUUCCUGUUUUAGACGUUGUCGUGUCGUCUGAUGCAUAA